GCCUCUCCCGUUGCAGAGCACAGGCUCCGGACGUGCAGGCUCAGCGGCCAUAGCUCACGGGCCCAGCCGCUUCGCGGCAUGUGGGAUCUUCCCGGACCGGGGCACGAACCCGUGUCCCCUGUAUCGGCAGGCAGACUCUCAACUACUGCGCCACCAGGGAAGCCCCUAAACCUUUGUUAUUUUUGAAAUAUUUUAAUUGGUAACAUAAACUGUUACUCCAUACUUUUUUUUUUAAACUUUUUGGUGCUUUAUGGAUAUCAAGCUUUUACACUUUCUUCAGUUAAUAUCUGAAAUUUUAUUGGAAUGAAUAUAAAAGUGGAGUGAGCAUAAUCUAAAUAUAAUUUUUAGGGGGUUGGUAAAGUAUGCCCUGUGGGUCAAAGCCACCUAUUUCCAUGAUAAAUUUCUAGUGGAAUACAGGCACACUUAUUCUUUUACAUAUUGUCUAUGGCUGCUCUCAUGUUCAUUAUCUUUCCCCUUUAAGAAAAAGUUUGCCCAUCCCUCAUUUAGAGGAAAAAUGAUUCUAUCUUUAUUUCCUUGCUAAUCAUUGACAUAAAUUCUAUAUAUUUAUCAUAUGCCAUAGAUAAGUGAAUUUGCGUGCCUACUGCGUGUCAAGCACUAUGCUGGGGUUAUAAAGACAAAACUUUGUGUUUACUGUUUAACAAUAGCUCCAAGACGGUUAAUAAAAAAAAAUUCUGGGAAGCCCCUAAAGGUAUACCUAAGAACAAAUACAGGUUUUAUACUGAGGUGACACAAUUCAUUGGUGACACUUUGACUUGGGGAAAAUGUGGGUUUUUCUGAACCUUAAUCAUGCUAUUAUUGUAGUAUAAAAUUGAGUCAGUGGUGCUCAUAAUUAGGUCCAAAGUAAAGUUUUCAAAAAAUUACCCAUAAAAUUUAUGGAAAAACAUAUCUGAAAUUUCCACUUCGUUUUGCCAAAUAAGCCUGGGGCUGAGGUGGUUCAUCCAAAAUCCCAUUAACUCAUUAACUAGUAACUCCGGGUUCUUGUUUAUGAUGUUUGCGAGGAUGUCCCUUGAAGAACAUCUCUUGCGUGUCUCUGUGGUCCCCAAGGCCUCCUGAAAUGAUGAGAGCACAGCCACAAAUAUGGUGAUUUAAUUCAAUAAAUGUUUAUUGAGGGCCUACCAUAUGCAAAGCAAUCUGCUGGUCCAGUGGGGGCUAAAAGGCUGUAUGAGAGGGGGCUCCUGCCUUUCAGAAAUUCAAAAUUUCCCAAGCUGGGGGAUGGCUAAUCAGAGCAUUCCAUAACCUUUGGAGAAGUGUCUUGAGUGUUGAAAAAGUUACCGAUGUCCUGCUGUCCCGCCAGCUCCUGAUCUGUUUUUACCCCAGUUCAUUUCAUAUAUCAAGCUAUUUAUGGCUUUGUUUUGUUUGCUUUUUGUUUUUGCCUGCACCGUGCGGGAUGCGGGAUCUUAUCAAUAGUUUCCUGACCAGGGAUCGAACUCGUGCUCCCUGCAGUGGAAGCGUGGAGUCUUAACCACUGGACCGCCAUGGAAGUCCCACUAUUUUUGGAUCAGGAUCAUUAAACACUGGUCUUCACAAAUCUGGCUUAAAUGUAUGUAGGAAGACCCAAAGGGAAGUAUAUACAUUGUAUUUUCUUAAAGAGUGUACAAAGAUCACAACAUUUGUGAGCUAGAAGGAGAAGCCUUAGAGACCAUUUGAGACCUAAACUUAUGCAAGGUUCUCAAGGUUGCAUCCUUUGGAAGAGGCCGUGACCCCGCCUCCUUCCUCCCCUCCUCUCCCAUAGUGCACACAGCUCCCAGUUUCUUGGUGUCAGUUUUCAGCAGCUGGAAAAGAGAGAUAAUAGCCACCAUGCAGAGUUGCCAGCUUUAGUAAUUCUAGUUCCUGGAAUCAAGGACAGGAAGCCUUUUAGUUAUUUGCACACCCUAACUUUGCUAGCUUCUAGUGAAUAAAUCAUUUAACUGCCAGCUAAUUACAGUAUUGGAAAGUUUACAUCAUUCAUCUUUUUAUGGAACCUCUUGAUGGACGAUUCUGGAGAUUAAAACUCUUGACAAUUUCCAUGAUCUAAAAAAGGAAAGCUGACCUAGAGAAAUAUGGGACAAAAGAUCAGCAUUUCAGAAGUCUCAAGCAGCAAUGGGAUCUUACACAGUAGCCUAUUUAAAGUGGUGCUGAUUUGAACACUUAGAUUAAGUUCCUGGAAAAAGACAGAAAUGUGACUUUUGUCAGAAGCAGUGCCAUUUUAUUGAAUGAAUGAUAAUUUUGCACUUUCUAAGUACCAUGCACUUGCUUCCAGGUAACAACCCUAUGAGGCAGGUACUAUUGUUAUGCCGCUUUACAGAUGAAGAAACUGAAGAAAGUGAGGCAUAGGGAAAAAGUGUCCAAGGUCCUGACAGCUGGUCAGUAGUUGAGCCAGGAACGAAACACGUCCAUCCCUCGACCUGCCAGUUGACACCAGCUGAAGCCGGUCGUUUUCGUGCAAUGCCUCGAAGCCCCGUUCCAGGUCCUGGCUCUCCAGUGCCGCCCGGGCCGGCCCUCCCUCCCUCUGGGUUCCAGGCGACGCUUCUGGCCGCGCAUCCGGGGGAACGGCGCCCGCGCCCGGCAGCCCUGGCAGCGCGCCCCCGCGGCCGGCGGGAACGCGGGAGCUGCGCGCACGUGCCGCCGGGAAGAGGCCGACCGGGCCGCCCCAAGAUGGCGGCGGCCGCGGCCGCAGCGGCGUCGAGGCCGGCGGCGGUGGGGCUCGGCGCGUUUCCUCCAGGCAGGGACUCGGAGUUGGCCCCGGGGAGCCGGACGCCGCCAUUCCCGGCCCCGGGGGAGGUGGACGGAGCAGCGCUCCCCGUCCCCGCCCUCCAGGGGGACUGGCUCCGGAAACGAGCGCGGCCUGGAACCCCCUGGAACCUGGACGGCAGGGUGCUGCGGGUGUGAUUGGCAGGACAUGUAUUCCUCUGAGAAACGUUGGACAGCAGAUUUGGGUGUAGUGCCUGAUCGGGACCACGUACAAAGACAUCUCCAGUCAUGGUUUGUUGCAGAAUGUGUGAGGGACCACCUAACACUCUUGGUGUGCUUGCAAACUAUAAAGCAGUAAUGGAAUCUUGGAAGAGAUAAGUUUACUCUAUGAGGACUGAAGCUGUUGUUAAUUCCCAAAGCCAGACUGGUUAUCUAACAAAGGAUUCAAACCAGGAUGUAGCAAUCAAACUUGCCCAGGAGCGAGCUGAAAUAGUUGCUAAAUAUGACAGAGGACGAGAAGGUGCAGAGAUUGAACCUUGGGAAGAUGCUGAUUACCUUGUUUACAAAGUCACGGAUAGAUUUGGCUUCUUACACGAAGAGGAGCUCCCAUAUCAUAAUGCAGCUAUGGAACGGCAAAAGCACCUGGAAAUUGAAAGAACUACUAAAUGGUUGAAAAUGCUAAAAGGAUGGGAAAAAUACAAGAACACUGAAAAGUUUCAUAGGAGAAUUUACAAAGGAAUCCCACUCCAGCUCAGAGGGGAAGUCUGGGCCCUCCUCCUGGAGAUCCCGAAAAUGAAGGAAGAAACCAGAGACCUAUAUAGUAAAUUAAAACACAGAGCACGGGGUUGUUCACCUGAUAUCAGACAAAUAGACCUUGAUGUCAACCGCACCUUUAGGGACCAUAUCAUGUUUAGAGACAGAUAUGGUGUGAAGCAGCAAUCCCUGUUCCACGUUCUUGCUGCAUAUUCUAUCUACAAUACAGAAGUUGGAUACUGUCAGGGGAUGAGCCAGAUCACAGCCUUACUCCUCAUGUAUAUGAAUGAAGAAGACGCCUUCUGGGCCCUGGUCAAACUGUUCUCGGGCCCCAAACAUGCUAUGCAUGGAUUUUUUGUCCAUGGUUUUCCCAAACUCUUGAGGUUUCAAGAACAUCAUGAAAAAAUACUGAAUAAAUUUUUGUCCAAGCUUAAGCAGCACUUGGAUUCUCAAGAAAUCUACACAAGUUUUUACACAAUGAAAUGGUUUUUUCAAUGUUUCCUUGAUCGGACUCCCUUUACACUAAACCUCAGAAUAUGGGACAUCUAUAUCUUUGAAGGAGAACGAAUUCUUACUGCUAUGUCUUACACAAUCUUAAAAUUACACAGAAAACAUCUUAUGAAAUUGUCUAUGGAAGAACUUGUGGAAUUUCUUCAGGAGACCUUGGCAAAGGAUUUUUUCUUCGAAGACGACUUUGUAAUAGAGCAGCUCCAGAUUUCUAUGGUAGAACUAAAGCGGGCAAAGUUAGACCUUCCAGAACCUGGUAAAGAGGAUGAAUUUCCAAAGAAACCUUUGGGACAACUUCCCCCUGAAUCUCAAUCAGCUGGCAUCAGUCACCUGAGCAACGGACAGAGAAGUGUGGGCAGGUCAAGUCCGCAUCUGGACGGCAGGAGAGAGAGCGGCUCGUCACCUUACAAAGCCCACGAGCAUUCCCCUCCCCAUCAAAGUAGAACAGGUACCCCCGAGAGGGCACGGCAGCUGCGGCGGAAGUCGGUGGACGAGGAGAGUAAAAAGCUUAAAGAUGAGGUGGAUUUUCAAAGGAGACUUCCAUCGGGUCCACAGGACAAUUCCAGGCAGUAUAACCACGCAGCCGCUAACCAGAAUAGCAACGCCACUUCACACAUCAGGAAGGAGUUUGUGCCCAAAUGGAAUAAGCCGUCAGAUAUCUCAGCUAUUGAGAAAAACGCCAAGUAUGCCAUUGAAGGCCGAAGUCGGGCUGCACACCCCACGCCGAGAGUCACCGUCCCCGGUUCCGCUGAUCCGUGGGCCCCCAGCGUCAGGCAGAAGUUGAAGGUGCUGGAUGCGGACGAAGGGAAACGUGGCUCCACAGCCUCACAGUAUGACAACGUACCCGGGGAUGGAGCCAGCGCGGCCCUGGAGCAGGCGCUGGAGAGGGCGCGCUCCCAGAGCCCCAGGGGUGCGGCCUACCCUCACAGCCCAAGGAGGCACGCUGAGCCCAGCUCCAGUCCAUCCAGAACCCCGAACACGUUUACAUUUAAAUUACAGCCUCCGAAUUAUGCAAAAUAUCCAUCCCAGUUAGACGGGGAGGAUCGAGGGGCAGCACACCCCCCAUCUUACAGUGACCCCCCCACUUACCAGGGCAGUUCUCCAAAGCGCAUCCCUGCUGCUAACAGCAGCUUUGUGUCUCCACCGUUUCCCCACGGGACACCAGUGAAUCCUUCCCGGAGACCUUACGGUUCUACUCUUUCGACUGAUGUUUCUCCAGAGAAAUCUUACAGCCGCGCAACUCCUCUGGUCCAGCCGUCCAGUCGAAUAGAAGUUCUCCCUGUUGAUAUUGGUGCUGCGGGAUAUUCGGGCAAUUCAGGGUCACCAAAGAAUGGGAAAUUCCUCCUUCCUCCAGUGGAAUGUUUGCCAGAUAAUAACGGAAAAUGGUCGGAAGUUGGUUACACAUUGAGACCGGAGAUGCACGGACAGUCGUGGACUCGUGAUGCCAACCGUAGCCACUUAAGUAGUUUACCCAAAUACCCCACCUUUCAACACGUCCCCUAUCAGGACCACACCCUCCCUGCAGUUUCAGUAGAUAGUCCGGUGCGGUAUCGAACUUCCCCAGCUCUGGAAGAUGCCAGUUCAUGUGGGUAUCAGUAUUCAGGGCCCUCACCUCCAGUAUAUCACUACAGGAAUCGGGAUGGACUCUCUAUCCAGGAAUCAGUAUUGCUGUGAGAAUUGAUCUGUACUUGCUGCAGACGAGAGAAUAGAAACCAUAUGAAACCUACAUUGCUAUGUUGAUAAUUGCCAAAGCAGUAUUUUAUACAGUUGUGAACAACUCGCACAGUUCUCGUGUAUGUCAGUAGUAAGAAUAUAUGGAAGUGAUUUCAUCCCCACCUAGAUGCUGCUUAAGAUGAGCUUUUAACUUGCAUCAUCACUGAACCUGUUAAAAAGAAUUUAACCUGGAAACAUAGCAAUAGUAUUUAGGGAUGCACGCACAGUUUCAUUUAUAUCUUUCUCCAAAAUCUGAAUAUUUGUACUCUGUUAGUCCAUUCUAUUUUGAGUAAUGAUACAAAGCACUGAAAAACUGUAGAAUAGAUAUUUUAAGGCUAUGUGUAGUGUACGUGUCUUUUAAUAGAUACUAUAUGCAUCUACGCAUACACGUUUGAACACAGAACUAAAGAAAUGUUAAAAAAAAAACAACUACUUUUCAUCUAGAUCCAUGGAAUAAUUUAUUCUACUUCUUUUCCCUACCUUGUCUUUUGGUCAUGUUUUUUUUCCCCCCUUAUAUUUUUAACGCAGGUCCUAAACUGACUUGAGGGUUUGCCCUGGCUUAAUUCAGCAUCUCAUGGAAUGCUCAGCUUUCUCGUUCAAUUGCUCAUUCAGUUUUCAAUCUGAAGAUUAAAGACAUUGGAGAGAAAGGCUAACCACUUAAUGGUGCUUAAAAUCGGGGCAGUUUAAUUUUAUGACCAAAGGUGCAGCGCGCAAUGUAUCCGUGUUCACCAAGAGAUCAGCUUUCGUGCGUCUGUGCCCUUUUUUCUGGUCUGACCCUCGCAAAGCUCAGAGCAGAGUGUUCCUUGCCAGAUGCCCAGGAAGUACACACAGCCCUCCGGCGGAUGCCAGCAGGAGAAGCUGCAAGUUACUGAUCAUCAAGCACUCACACGGGGCAGCAGAACAAAUUCCUUUACAUUCAUUUGAAAGCAAGAUUAACAAUAUGGUUACUUCUUACUUCUGCCCCUUAAAUUACUGUGGAGUCUCCCCGCAGAGGGCCCCGGGGUGGCAUUUACAUGAUCUUUUCCUGGCCCUCUUCUUUAAAGAAUGUAGUCAGUGAAUAUUGCUGCUCGUAGGCCGUUAAAUUAUCGCUGUGUAAAAUUGUAAAAAAUGAUCCUAAUUAUUACUAGGAACCUCAGAUUUUGGUGGGUUUUUUGUUGUUUUUUUUUAAAUAGCGUGACUUUCAUACUUUCAAAAAUCUUUUUUUGUUGUUGUUUGUUUCAGUGAAAAAUUCAGGUUCAUGGUAACAAAUCAGCAAUGUCUUUCAAAAUCUUCUGUUACACUACAAUGACCAAAACACUGACCAAGUUUUGGGCACUCUAAGAAAGUAUGCCUUUGGGUUUCACUGGAGAGCUUGUUUUCAACAUUACUUUGAUCCUAUUUGAACAAUAGGGAAUAGAAAACCUAACAUUGAUGGUUCUUCUUGUUGCAAGUUGGGGCUUUAAGCUUUCAAGGUACAGAAGUAUGUCUUUUAAAAUGAGAGUAACAUUUGUUUAGCUAGUGAAUGUGACAAUAUUUUUAUGUAUAUAAUGAGCCUAAUAUAAUUUUAAUCAACUUGGUAAUGAUGUUAUUAAAUGGCAAAACAAACGCAGUGUAUUAGCAGCCAAACACUGCACGGAAACUCCGAUCCACCAGGCUCCUGGUUCAGAUCAUGUGGAAGCUUAGAAAUAAAUGUAUAUAAAAUUGUAGCUGGGGAUGUGAAUUCCAAUUUUAAACCAUGAUUCUGUGACUUGUAAUAAACCAAGCUGUACAAUUUAGUUUAUGAUAGCAGCAUCAGAGCUGUUCCAAAAUAUAUAUAUAUAUCAACAGUGGUAAAUACUGUAGAUUUAUAUAUAUAUAUAUAUAUAUGCAAAAAAUAUAUGCACACACACUAUUUUCUUAUGUCACCUAUGACUUUUUUAUCUGUAUACUUCUUUUGAUGUGAUUGUUUUUAACAUGCUAAAUAAGUAUAUUUUGUUUUGUGUCUUUUAUGUGCUUUUUUCAGAUGGCAUCUCUGAUUUUUCUAAAUCUAGUUCCUUUCUAACUGAGCAGAUACUGCGUAGCGUUUGCCUACAUGACUUUAUAUGUAUCACAGUUGUAUAUGUUUUACUAAUUUCCAGUAGUUCUGUAUUUAGAACCGCAUCACCUGCCCUUUAUUUGAUUUAAUCAGCCAUUGUUAAUAGUGAUAAGGUAUUAUUUUCAGUCUUCCCCCGUUAGAAAAUGUAGAUCUGUUAGUUUUUCAAUGAGGAAAAUAUAACUCAGAGUCAUUUUGCCACCGUACAAUUUUACUCUUUCAAAUUUAUCUUUUAAUAAAAGAUAAAUAGUGAAAUAAGUAUAAAAUAUGAAAUACCAUUCAUAAAGUAGGCGAAGUAUAUUUAUAAAAAACAUUUGGUGAGGAUCUUCAUGGUGUGGAGACCGAUUUUGCUUUAACUACAUGUACACGAGUAACUGUUUUGCCACUAUUAAGUCUUUUCUUCAUAGCAGUUUUGCCUAAUACAGUAAGCACUUUGAUAUAGUUUUUAUAUUUUAAUAUUUAGUUUGAAAAGUUAAAGAAACUUAGACCCAGUGUCUCAAAGGGUUUUAAAACUUUGACUCUUUCAGGUGCUUAUGUUGCUUACAGGAUUUUUAAAAUAGCUUUGAGAGCUGGGAGAUAGCCAUAGCUGUCAAAUCAGACACCCUGGUAUUGCAGGGGAGGAAAAAAAAUUCUUCUUCCUUCUGCCCUCUAGGUUCUCCACCCAGGCCCUGUAGAUUGGACUGACAAAGGACAGACCAACGGGAGAAAAGCAACUGGAAGGUCAUUAACACGUGCGUCCUGCAUUCACGUGGUACCUGGUGAUCAGUCACUCAAAGGGAGGGUUAGCUUGGGGUCUCUCCACCCAACCUAGUCAAGGCAGGGGUGAGGGUGGUAAGGGGGAGAAAGGGCACUUACAGAAAAGCAGGUGACUUUCUGGAAAAUAAAUGGGCCUUAAGAGAGCAGGUGGGAGACAUGAUCGUCUGUGACGGGGUCUGGUGGGGCGCCAGAAGAGGAGAUUAUAGAGUUGACCCAGGAGGGGAUUUAGGAGAGUUGUGUUCUUUGGGGGUGCGGGGGGGGUGGCGCUCUGCUUUUAGGCAGAUAAGGGAUUUCAGAAACUCAAAUGCCUUCAGCUCAAAAAUCGUUUUUAUUGCCCAGUGGCAUAUUUUGGGGUAACAGAUCCCGAUACCCUUCACUGUCAAUGACAGAAUGUUUCUCAAAAGAAGGAAGAGAGAUUCAGGUAAUGGGGCAUUUCCAGAGAAGAAAAAUGGUUGUUUACAGGAUGUGAUGUGAUUGUUUGAACUUUUUUUCAUUUUAAGAAGAUUCUUAUACUAAAUUUAUGUCAUACUCAGUGUCACUUUAACAUGGAGUUUUAUAUUUGUUGUCAUUUCAGAUCUCUCCCUCAGGGCUCGUUAUACUAUAAGCACAAAAAUGAUGCCUAGUCAAUACUUUGCUAAGAUCCGUUUUCUUUUCAUUUUCAUGAUUAGAGAAAAGCAUUCCAUCUCCACAAAUAGGGAUUUAUUCACAGAGGAUCUACAGCUUAAUCUUCUGGAAAUACUAUUCUCAGUUAUCUUUAUUUAUUUAUUUAUUAGCAUAUUUAUUGGAGUAUAAUUGCUUUACAGUGGUGUGUUAGUUUCUGCUGUAUAACAAAGUGAAUCAGCUAUACAUACACAUCCCCAUAUCCUCUCCCUCUUGCAUCUCCCUCCCACCCUCCCUAUCCCACCCCUCUAGGUGGUCACAAAGCACCAGCUGAUCUCCCUGUGCUAUGCGGCUGUUUCCCACCAGCUAUCCAUUUUACAUUUGGUAGUGUAUAUAAGUCCAUGCCACUCUCUCUCACUUCGUCCCCGCUCAGUUAUCUUUUAGAGUCACACCUUUGUUUUAGUAUGCACUUGAUUGUGGGUUAAUUGAGACUAUGGUUUUGGCAGUCUGUUUCUUUGUUUUAAUUGUCCUUUAAUGGAUUUUAAAUUUCAUUUCUUUUUUUUCUUUUUUUUUUUUUUGCGGUACGCGGGCCUCUCACUGUUGUGGCCUCUCCCAUUGCGGAGCACAGGCUCCGUGGCCAUGGCUCACAGGCCUAGCCGCUCCACGGCAUGUGGAAUCUUCCCGGACCGGGGCACGAACCUGUGUCCCCUGCAUCAGCAGGCAGACUCUCAACCACUGCACCACCAGGGAAGCCCUAAAUUUCAUUUCUAAUAUUGAUAUUAACACUUACUGACCAGAUGGUUUUAAUAAGUCUGACUUUACUUUUAUAAUGACCUAAGGUAUUGAGAAUAGGAAGAAAGGAUUCCAUUUAACAUUUAUGUAUGAAUUGUACUUUCAGAAGGAUUUUCAGUUUCCAUAAAUCUAAGCAUAAUUGCCACCAUUUUAUCAAUAAGAACCCUGAAAAAUAGAGGAACAAAUGUUAGAUUUCAUAGGAGUGGAUCUUGACCCCUGCUGCUCGUUAGAACUGGGGAAAUUUUUUUUUAAAAUUGAUUGUAUAUUACCACUGUGAGCUGUCUCAAAAAUUCUUAACAGGUCAGUUUCAGAGAUUAGAAACUCUGAUUUCAGGUAAGUUAAGAAAAUUUCCACUGGAAAGACUAACAUUACCAGCCAUCUCUGUAAAUGCUUAUGAACUACUAGCAGUUGUGGAAAGUAGCAGUGGCUUCAGCUGAAGGUGGCCUGACCCGGUGCUUUCUCUCAUUACGUCUUACAGUAGUUCUUCCAAAUAGGUAGAGCCUUACAAGGAUUUCCAUUUUCCUGGACAACCUCUGUCACUUUCCGUAAGUGACAGGCUAAAAAGAGGCUUAAGCUGUCAGGAAGCCCAAGUGCGUUUUCCCCAUGUGAGAAGCUGAGAAGGUGCUGCAUAUCCUGGUCGUCCACUUGACCGGUCAGCAUUUUAUUGAGCACCUACAGUGUACUAGUUGCCUUGGGAUUGUGCUAGGUUCACACUUCAAGAUAAGAGGCACAUUUUGUAAUCUGUGUCUCAAUUCAGUGUUGGGGGCGGGAUGUGCACAGGUGACUAUUAUGGGCACAGAAAAGCCCAACUCAAGAGGGUGAGGGAGGGCCUGUGUGGAGGAUUCUCAGAGUAGAUGGACUAAAGGGAGGGGAAGGGGGCGUUUGUACAGAGAGGAUGGAACGAGCAACUGCGUGGUGCGUGUGGGGAAGUUUCUCGCUUUGGUGUGCAUGUGGGAUGGGGUGGGAGGGUCUGCAGAGACCGGGUCCUGGAGGGCCUUUUGUGGCCUGUGGAGGCGGAUGCAGGGGCGCAGGCCUGGGGGAAGUUAGGACAAUUGCAGCAGGUGUUCUGUCUACAAGGUAGGUGGUCCAGAGCUCAAUGCCAGGGAAGAAGUUACGAAGAAAAGGUGAUGAACUUGAGAACUAUUUACUAAGUAAAAUUGACAAAACUUGAUAAUUGGUUGAGUGUAACCACAAUAAUUAAGAAAAGUAGCUAACAUUACUGAAUGCCUGCUGUGCAUCUGGCACUGUGCUAAGCAUUUUACCUGUAUUAACUCACUUAAUUCUCAGAAUAACUCUCUGAAGUGUGUACGACCCUAAUUCCCAGUUUACAGAUGAGAAAACUAAGGCACGAAGAGUUGAAGUAACUUACCCCAGGUGACAUGGUAGGUAAGAGACCCUGGACUUGAAUCUGAAUCUAGGGCCUGUGUGUCCCUCCCCCCCACCGACAGUUUUAAGGAGGUAUAACUUACCUACCAUAAAAUUCACCCAUUUUAGUGUACACGUCAGUGAUUUUUUGGUAAAUUUACAGACUUGUGCAACCAUCACAACAGACCAAUUUUAGAACCUUUCCGUCACCUCAAAAAGAUCUCUUGUCCCCAUUUGCAAUAUCCAUUCCCACCCCCAGCCUCAGGCAACCACUAAUCCACCUUAUAUCUCUUUGAUUUCCCAUUUCUGGACAUUUCGUAUAAAUGGAAUCAGAUAAUAUGUGGGAUUUUUGCAUCUGGCUUCUUUUGUACUUAGCCUAAUGUUUUUGAGGUUCAUCCAUGUAUUAGUAACUACUUUUUUAUUGCUGAACAGUAUUUUGUUGUAUGGCUAUAUCACAUUUUGUUUAUCCAGUCACCAGUUGAUAGACAUUUGGAUUGUUUUCACAUGGUGCUGUGACCAUUUGUGUACAGGUAUUUGUGUGGCCUUGUUUUCACUUCCCUUGCAUAUGUAUUUAGCAGUGCUAUUGCUGGUUUUUAUGAUAAGCUUGUGUUUAACUUUUUAAGAAACUCCCACACUCUUCCAAAGUGUCUGUACCAUUUACGUUCCCACCAGCAAUGUUUGAGGGUUCUGAUUUCUCCACAUCCUCACCAAUACUUGUUGUUUUAUAUUUUUUGGUUAUAGCCGUUCUAGUGGGUGUGAAGUGAUAUCUCAUUGUGGCUUUGAUUUGCAUUUCUCGAAUGGCUAAAUGAUGUUGAGCGUCUUUUCAUCUUUUUAUGAAUCAUUCAUGUAUAUUCUUUGGUGAAAUGUCUAUUCAGAUCUUUUGCUCACUUGUUUAAUUGGGUUUUAUUUUUGAAAAGUAAGUGUUCGUAAAAUACUCUGGAUACAAGUCCUUUAUAAGACAUAUUUGCAAAUAUUUUCUCCCAGUCUGUGACAUGUCUUUUCAGUUUCUUAAUGGUGUCUUUUGAAGUGUGAGUGUUUCUAAUUUUAAUGAAGUUCAGUUUAUUGGUUUCUUCUUUAUGGAUCAUGCUUUUAGUAUUGUAUCUCUCUGCCUAACCCAGGGUCACAAAUGAUUUUCUCCUAUGUUUGAUUUCAGAAGUGUUAUAGUUUUAGCUCUUAUACUUAGGUCUGUGAGCUGUGUUGAAUUAUUACCAUGUAAGGUGUGAGGUAAGGAUCUAAGUUUACGUGGGUAUUCAGUGGUCUCAGCACCAUGUGUUUAAAAGCCUGCUUUCCCCAGCUGAAUUGCCUUGGCACCUCUAACAGAAAUCAGUUGACCAUAUAUAUAAGUAUUUAUUUUAAGUUUUGAAAUCAGGAAGUGUACAUCCUCCAACUUUGUUCUUUUUCAAGUUGUUUUGGCUAUUUGGGGUCCUUUGCAUUUCUAUAUAAAUUUUAGGAUCAACUCGUUAGUUUCUUCAAAAACCAAACCAGACCAAAACAACAACCUGUUGAAUCUAUAGAUCAACUUGGGAAUCUUAAAAUGUUGGGUCUUUUGAUCCAUAAACAUAGACUAUUUAUUUUGAUCUUUAAUUUUGAUUUUUAUUUUUUAUUUUAUUUUUUUUGUGGUACGUGGGCCUCUCACUGUUGUGGCCUCUCCCGUUGUGGAGCACAGGCUCCGGACGUGCAGGCUCAGCGGCCAUGGCUCACGGGCCCAGCCGCUCCACGGCAUGUGGGAUCUUCCCAGAUCGGGGCACGAACCCGUGUCCCCUGCAUCGGCAGGCGGACUCUCAACCACUGCGCCACCAGGGAAACCCUUUAAUUUUGACUUUUAAUUUAUUUUUCAUUUGGUUUUUAUUUUUCAUUCAUUUUGAUCUUUAAUUUCAGCAAGGUUUUGUAGCUUUAGCCUUAACACUUAUUUUGUUAAAGUAUUCCUAAGUGUUUUAUUUUCCUUGCUCUUGUGAAUAGAAUUGUGUUCUUGAGAGCCUGUGUGCUUACACAUCAUUCUGUACUGUUGAGGGGAGAGGAGGCUCAAGGUUGAUUUCUUCAGUUCCCAGGUUGGGUGGUGGUGUGGAUAGUGGGGUCACAAUCUGAUGAAAAGAAUUCAGGAGAUGGAGCAGGUGGAGGCUUGGUGAGGAAAUGGCUUCUGUUUUGACGUGUAGAAUCUGAGGAAUAGGGGACGGACAGAUUGUGCUGUCUGAUGGGCAGCCGGGAAUUCCAGGGAGAUUUGGACUUGCUGGCAUGUAAGGAUCAAGUCAUAGGAGAGCACCUGCCUCGGGAAAAGAUGAGCUGAGGAUGGGAGAGCCUGGGGGGUCACUGACAGUUAAGAGAUGCCCCAGGGAAGAAGGUGUGAAGCACUCAGAGAGGCAGUCCUGGACUGGUUCCGCAGUACCCACGUGCCCGGUGAUUGAAGACGGAGCUUCGGAGUCAGACUGACUCGAGUUUGAAGUCGACAUCCACGGAGGCCACUAUUGUCGAUUCUGGGAAAUCGUGAAGUAGCAGGACGACAGCAUCCGUGUCCUCGGGGACCUGAUGUGAUCCAUUUCCUCCUCUGUAGCAUGGAGAUUGUAGCGCUUAUUUCAUGGAGUUGUGAGGAUUAAAUGAGUUGACUUGUGCAAAGUA